UGGGUACAUAUCUGCACCGCUUCUCUUUAUGUUCAGUGUAUGUUUAUGUAUUUAAGGAGGCUGGCGCAAAGACCUGAAAUCCGAGGAUUUUGAAGCAUGACAUUAGGUAGCAUCCUCACGGAUUGAAGUUAAUAUGUCUGGAGAAUUUAUAGACACCAACUACGAAGCAGGAAUAGUGUAUUCUGUAAACUUCAGCCUCAGCUGUAUUUUAAACACGACCAACCGCUCGGACGGUGACUUCUUCCCGCUCAACAGGACAGAUUUUGUGGGAGAUGGCGCUGCUGUUGUGAGGAUUAUCAUCUCCAUCAUUUACUCGCUGGUGUGCGCACUGGGUCUUGUUGGCAACUUACUGGUCCUGUAUCUUAUGAAGUCGAAACAAGUGUGGAAAAAAUCCUCCAUCAACCUUUUUGUAACUAGUUUGGCGGUGACGGACUUCCAGUUUGUGCUGACUCUGCCGUUUUGGGCGGUGGAGAACGCGCUGGACUUCACGUGGCUUUUCGGCAAAGCGAUGUGCAAAAUCGUCUCCUAUGUGACGGCUAUGAACAUGUACGCCAGCGUGUUUUUCCUGACUGCCAUGAGCGUGGCGAGGUACUGCUCGCUCGCCUCUGCGCUCAAGGGCAGCCGGCGGCGGCCACACUGCUGCUCCUCCGCGCGCUGCAUCACCGUUUUCAUUUGGUUUGCCGCUGUCUCCGCCGCUCUGCCGCACGCAGUUUUCUCCACAACCGUCACUGUCUCCAACGAGGACUUGUGUCUUGUCAAAUUCCCCGAAUCCAACGGAACCGCGCAGUUAUGGCUUGGGUUGUAUCAUUCCCAAAAAGUGCUGCUGGGGUUUGUGUUACCGCUUGGCAUCAUCUCCGCCUGCUACCUGCUCCUUUUGCGCUUCAUCACAUCCAAAAACAUCAACACCUCCAGCGCAAAAAGACGCGCCAAGGUCACAAAGUCUGUCACCAUCGUUGUGUUAUCCUUUUUCCUCUGCUGGCUGCCCAACCAGGCGCUCACAGCCUGGGGCAUCCUCAUCAAACUCAACGUGGUUCACUUCAGCUAUGAGUACUACACCACGCAGGUGUACGUCUUCCCCGUGUCCGUGUGCCUGGCGCACUCCAACAGCUGCUUGAACCCCAUCCUGUACUGCCUGAUGAGGCGGGAGUUCAGGAAAGCGCUGAAAAAACUCUUCUGGAGGAUGACUUCACCGAAAAUAAGGCCGAUCACAGGAACCACAAAGCCGGGGAAGGACGAGCAAGGGCAUGUGCUGGUCCCCGUCAGCGCGCCCGAGGAGCCCGAUGUAGAGUUUUAUCCUCCGGGGGCUGUGAUGUACCAUGACCAGCGAGACCUGCCGCAAAACAGCACGUAG